AGGAUUCGCCGCUCCAUCUCCACCAGCUCACUAUCAAAAAGAUUAUUUUUUAAUCCUCGUUUAAACCCCGCCAGAGACCGCGUCGUCAAUUUCUUCAGAGGUUUGGUUUUGCUGCCACUCUUCUUCUUCUAAGUCACAUCAACAACAAUACAGAAAGAAACACAUCUAUUCCUACCGCUCGUCACGAUGGAUCCGGUUGCCGGUGAUGCCGCUGCGGCGUUCGCCCGCCACGCGCAGGCCAACCCUGGCGCGCAGGAAAUCUACGUAGAGCUCGUCUCCCUCACCUACAGCGGGGCAGUGCCGACCCCGGCCCCGGCCUGCACCGACCAGACCCCGGACGAGCAGUACCGCCAGGCCAUCGCCCAGAGGCAGGAGGCGCUGAAACAGAAGGAGGAGGCCCGUCAGCAUCAGCUGGACGAGAGCAAGGAGGCCGCCCGCCACCGCACCUCCGCCGCGGUGGAGAAGAACGAGUCUAUGAAGGAUCAACUCGCCGCCAGUGCCAGCGAGGUGUACGCCAACUUAAGAAGCGCCGUGUCGCAGGCGGCCAUGUCGCUCGAGAAGGGCGCCAGCGACGUCUCGCUGCGCACGGAGGCACAGGUGCGGCAGCUCGAGUACCAGCACAACUGCGAGAGCUUCCGCCAAAACUUCCCCGAUCUGGCGCAGGCCGGCGAGGUGCUGCUGGCCGACUACGCGUGCAGUGCGAUGCACGGUGGGUUAAAGGUCAGUGGACACCUCCAGAUCACCCGCCACUAUCUCUGCUUUUUUGCGGAGACGUCGUCAGCGAUUGCCAAGGCGACGGAAACUGUCAUGGAGGCCUUUGCGUCGGCUCGGCAGGCGGCCACGGCGGCAGCCACGGGGAAGCCGAUUGCGGAGCACAACGCGUCUGCCCAGCCGCAGCUACGCAUGGUUGGCAUUAAGCAGGUCAUCCCUCUUUCUCAAGUUGCCUGCGUUCUGCCCUCGGUGGUGCUCGACACGGUCGGCAACCUGCCGCCGUUUUUCCUGCCCCUGCCCGCCGAGACGGUUCAGGCCACUGCCCUGCAGGUGUACGUGACAAGCGAGAACAGGCUCUUCCAGUUUCUGUGCUUCGACUCCCUCAUCUCGCGUGCGUCGGGCAAGCUGUCAGACUCGGUGAAGGGGACGGCGCUCGACCGCGCUUUCAACUACCUCGACCACGCCUGGCGAGAGUCGGUCGAGGUGCCGCUGAAGGAUGUGGAGUACGCGUAA